GCCCUCCUGACACAUCUCACACUGCAGCCCUGGGCUUAGUGGCCUGAGAGAUGCACUGCCAUUCAGAAGAUGGAGAGUUUUCUCCUUCUGAUGAAUAGUGCUAUUGAGUCAUGGAUGAACACCAGCACCAUGGACAUAGCAACGGACCUGAGCAUUGCCAUUCUGUGUGGGGUGGGGCUCUUUUUCCUACUAAUCCCCUUCCUGAAGGACUGCCCACUGUCACCAGCAUCUGGAAACAAAACAGACAUCCCAAAGGAUGUGAAGAGGGGGCGGAGCAACACCAGGAGGAAAACUGAUGUGGAAAAAGGUUGUAGAGAUGGAGGGAAAACUGUGGAAGAGACCAAGACUCCAUCACAACCUAUGAAAAUUCUGACCAGGCAACUUCUCCAGGACUCCACACCACAAAUCUUUUGGAACUCAAGUCAGAAACUGGAUCACCUUCUGCUCUCUCAGCUGUUCUCUUCCCUCACGAGCUUAGAGGAUCUUAUAUUGCAGAAAUUUAAUCGACGUUUCUGGGGCACAUCCUCUAUUUUCUCUGAAUCAGUUGUGGCUAUGGCCCAUGUCCUCAGAAACCCGAGCUUCCCACAACAGAAAUCUGUGAGGUUUAGUGAUCCCUGUGUCACUGACCAAGCUCCAUCCCAGGCUCAAGGACUUCGACAGCAACACCGGUACCACCCACGGCUUCACCGACAAAGGAAAACAAGUUUGGUAGGUAUGACAUGGGUCCCAGAAAAGAAAAUCCUCCCAAUCUCUACCCCAAAACAAAUACAUCCCUGUUUGAAGAGAAGGGCCUAUGGAGUGUCAUGUCCAACCACUGAGAAAGGGAUCCAGACAUCCCUACCCCCUGAAUGCCUGUCCCAUAAACAUGGACUGUAUUCUAAAGCCGUCAAAGGUUAUGUUAAACGAAACCAUCAAAAAGCCAUUGGAAAGCCCCCUGGGAACUGGCUCAGGGACACCCUGAAGACUAAGGCUAUCAGGCCUGCAUCCAUCCUUUCUGAACAUCUUCGGAUGUUCCUGCACCACAAGGAGCCACAGACUAAAGACAAGGCAACAAAUGUGGAAAAACAACAAGGAACCUGCAUCAGAUCCCCUCCAUCCAAGAAACUGAAGCAGUUUCAGGGACGUUUCCCACCAAACACUGAUCAUUAUUGCAAGAGAAGGCCUCAACUCUCCCAGCCUGGCCAGCCCUCCAUCCUCAAUUCUAAAAGCUACAAAUUACGCAAAAUCAUACAGUCUGUGCUUGCAGGGAUGACCUUAAUGAAGGACAGAGCAGACUUUAGUAUGCAGUCUCAAUUCUCCCAGGCUCCACAGUCUUCCGUCUGCAACGCCAAAAGGUACAAAUAUAGUAAAAGGAUGGGGUCUGUGCCCAGAAGGGUGCCCUUAAAGAAAGACACAGCAAGGUAUGAUAUGGGAAAGCCCAUCAAGAAGUGCCUUGGUGCUGGGACAAAAAAUGUGCCUCACAGUGCAUGCAGCAUCCUUGGGAAGAGGCUGAGAGCCAGGAACCUUGCACUGAAGAAAGGCCAGGCGUCCGUCAUGAACCCUACUGGCAAUUAUUGUCUGCAUGAUUCAAAGGCUGAAAUGAAGCUGGCAUCAAAUAACACAGCACUUCCAGUCCAAUGCAGAAGGACACCAUAUCUGCAGAUCCUUGAGGCACUGAAUCCCAUCCCACCUGGGGUUCUAGCCUCAAAACUUCCCCGCAUUGUAUUUCCCUCCUCACCCAUCUGUGAUUUCAAGGAGGAAUACUACUCCAAGGCUGCCACAGUCCUCAAAAAUUUGCAUCACCAGGACCCAGGAGGGACAAGGGUAAAAAGUACAUCAGCUGCCAGUCUAGAGAGUGCUCUGUCUAUGUGCUCAGCUGCAAAGAUUCAGAAGACACAAAGAGCCCCUCCACCUGCUGCCAGCCGUGGACUCUCAAAAGCCCAUACAGAUCUACUGAAGAGACACCUGAGUAUUCAGCACUCUGCUUUGUACUUCGAGCAGGGCAGGAUUAUCCAAGGGACUGGAAAGGGCAGCCUACAACAAAAUACCAACCCCCAAAAGGCCAAGCAUGCACCACUCAAGAGCUUUCAUGAGGGGGACUCAAGACAUCACUCGUGGAAUGGGACAAUGGUGGGCCCUGGAAAAAGGGUCCCACCUGCAGCAGCCAAACAGACUAAAGCAGUGGAGGUAAAAAAAGAGACACCUUAUGCAUGGAGUCUGGGAUCCAACGAGAGUCACACUGGCAAGGACAUCAAUAUCAGUCCCAGGGUCUUUGGCUCUUUAGGGGCCAAGAGAAGCCCAGGCCAUCUCCAAACAUGUACUCCACAACACUCACAGGACUCAACUCUAAGAACACAAGGGCACAGGAAUAUCAUUCUCUGUUCAAACAAGCAGCCGCAGCCCAGGCCCGGGAGACACGAUCCAGAAUGCCCCAGUACAGUACACCCUGCCAAGGUCAACUUGUCUUCAGAGCACUCAAUGUCCAGCUUCCAGAAUACAUGCCAAAAGCCCAAGACUGCCCAGGGCUCAUGUGAGAGGGCAGAUACUAAAGAGAAUAGAGUCCUGAAGGAUAAGAUUAGAAUAAAUCAUCUCAAGGACUUGUGUCCCCACAAAGAGAGGCAGGGUUCUAUAAGACCUACAGCCAUAAGCCAGGGAGGAAGGCUUGGGAGAUCAAGGCCUUGUAGCCUGAGCUCCACACAGCUCAAGGAUACAGCAAAGACUCGGACAUCAGAUAAAAGACAGGCUACUUCUAAAAGCUCUUGGAAGAGCGACAUAAGGGAGGUUUUAAAAUAUGGAUAUGUUGGCUCCAAAGACAUUAUUGGACAAGAGGACACUUCAAAGAAAGAUCAGCCCCCAGCAGUGACUGAGCGGACAGAGGAAGACUGGACAGGGGAAAAGGCCAUGUGCAAUAUGAUAGCUCACCUGCAAUACCUUACGAAUUUUCUGUUCGAGAUCAUGGAGGACACUGAAUGGGACCCAUCAAAGCUACAAGGGUGUGAAGUGGAAUCCCUGACAUUCCAGCUGGGUAGCUCAUCCGACUCUUCUGAGGGUGAUGAUGACAUAAACCAAGGUACAUCAACAAGCACAAUGAGCUUUGGCCAGACCAGCCCCGAGAUGCAUAACUGUUCCUUCACAAAAACAGGGAUUGGAGACAAAACACAGUCAGAGAUUAAAGCCAAGACAGCCUGUGACCAACAUCUGAACCAGGUGAACAGAGGGAUGUUCUCAGACCAGCUCCCUAUGCCCAAAGAAUAUGACCUUUCAUGUAGGUACAGGGGAAUUCAACACCAGCAGGAGCUGGGUCUCCCAGACCAGACCUUUUACCAAUAUAAGUUAAGAAUGACCCACUGUCCACAUGGAGGCACCAAGGGGCACAACUAUUCCUUUGGAUAUAGAAAACUUGGAGACCAACAACAGCCAGACUUUACCCAUAAGGCCUUGGACCCACAUCAAAGUGCAAAGGAAGACAUGGGCUGUGUCUCCUGUCUGAGUCCCAAAGGGAGCCGUCCAGUCAAGCACAGGCGAACUGACUGCUUCUCACCUUAAGUUGCUGCCCAGCAAGCCUCUGGCACUAGAACGGGGCAAUGAGUAGGUGGCUCAGGCUGUCCUUGCCUUCUCACACCAAUUUUCUAGAAGGUGUCCCAUCUGCCCAGCCAUUGUGUCCCCCAUGCCUCCUAGUAAUAAACUUGGUUUUGUCCCUGUAAAGAAA